AAUGGGCGCAACACUCUUGAUUUGUUCCGCUCUCGUCGGUGCGGGGCUUCAUGCAUGCUCCCAGUUGCGAGAACUUGAUUUAGCCCUUCCACAAACUCUCUUCUCCCUCGGUGCCGUGGCCUUUGCUGCCAUCUAUGCCGGCGUCUACUCAACGGCUACCAAUGCUGCGAUUUCCCUGUCAAUAACCACUCUCAGCCUGACAGUAUGCACACUUGUGUACCGCGCUUUUUUCCACCGAUUGAGGAAAUUCCCUGGACCGUUCCCCGCCAAAUUGACAAAGUUUUACGGCGUCUGGUUGUCACGAAACAAUCAAUACCACUUUGAAGUAGAGAAAUUACACGAGAAGUACGGCGAUGUACUGCGAACAGGUCCCCGGGAGUUAACUAUUUCCCGCGCCUCUCCCCUACUUCAGAUAAGCGCAUGUGGCAAAACCAACUUCUACUCCAUGCACGAUAGCAACCUAAUGCGGCUGGGCCUGGCUUCUACCACCAGCAUCGACGACCACCGUAAGCGGAGAAGGGGCUGGAACAUUCCCUUGACGCCGCAGCAAAUAUCCAUAUACGACGACUCGAUCCAUUCGGUAGUCUCUAUCUUCCUGGAGCGCAUCGCAGAGACUGCCGGGAAACCAACCAACAUCACUGAAUGGAACUCCUGGCUUUCGUACGACAUCAUGGGCAUCGUCGGCUACGGGAAGGACUUUGGCAACCUCCGGAAUAACAAAGAGCACAAUGCUAUCAAGUUGCUCCGGGAAUCAGUGGCAGUUCUGGGUUUUUUCAAGCAGGUUCCGUGGCUGGGGAACCUCCUUGUACAUAUUCCCGGUGGUUUAGGAGCCUUGGAGCCUUUUACGAAGUACUGCAAGGAUCUCGUGACUGAGAAGCAACAGUUGAUCAGGGGUAAGAGCCUUGAUUCGCCCACGGAUAUCGUUACCUGGUUUAUCAAAUCCUUUGAAGAGAAGAAGAAUUACGCGGCGCAUACUAUUGAAGGACUUCAUGAUGACUCCCGUUCGCUUGUUGUCGGUGGAUCAGACACAACCUCGGCCACCAUGACCAACAUCCUCUACUACCUCUCCCUGCACCCCCACUACAUGAAGAAGCUGCAAUCCGAACUCGACAGUGUUUUUCCCAACGGCCCCUCCACCUUCACAUCCAACAAAUUGGAUCAUAGCUUGUUUGACCGCGUCCCUCUCCUCGAAGGCAUCAUCAACGAGACAUUGCGUCUUAACCCACCCGUAUCAAGCGGCAAUCCGCGUGUCACGCCUCCAGAGGGCAUUCACGUCCCGACCCAAGGCGGGGAGGAAGCUAUGUACAUCCCCGGCGACGUCAACGUGCUCAUGCCGCAAUGGAUUUUCCCGUUCCAGCUUGGCAUGUACAACUGCGUUGGCAAGGACCUCGGCAUGUGGGAGAUGAAGAUUGUGCUCUCGAGGCUCGCGCUGCAGUUUGAUGUUUGCUUUGCGCCGGAAGAGGACGGGAAGUUCCAGGAGCGUAUCUUGGAUACGUGGACGCUGACGUUGCCAUCGUUGAAUUUAGUGUUUACUGAGAGGAAGGCGGCGGAAUAACCAGGGAUUUGAUAGAUAUUUUUAAAAUUUAUCAGUCGUCCGGGAC